UAUAGUACGGUUCCCAUGAGAUCGAUCAAUCGAAUACAAACAAACCUGAGAAAAAUGGCGAAGCCUUUGGGAACAACCGGCGAAUUUUUCCGGCGAAGAGAUGAAUGGAGGAAGCAUCCGAUGCUAUCGAACCAGAUGAGACACGCUCUUCCAGGACUUGGCAUCGGCGUGGCUGCCUUCUGCGUCUACCUCGUCGGUGAGCAGAUCUACAGCAAAGCUUCGGUUCCUUCCAAAUCAGCUCACCAACACCAGGAACAGCCUGCUACGUCUCACUGAAGAGCAAUCGCUUCUUCUUAACUAGAUGAGAUGCUUGAAAGAGUGGCACAAGGCUGUGAACUCCAUCCAGGCUUCUUCUCGGUUACUUGCUAGCUUCCAUUGGAUUGUCUUAAUAAUCUCAUAUUUCAAUUGAACACAAUGAAUUUUGAUUUCUAUGUUGACUUGUAAAAGCUUGUUGGCUCAAAAAGGUUUGCUUUGUAUCCUUAUCAAGUUUAAGAGAUUGCAUAUUCGUACUUGAUUUUGUCUGUUUUAAGUUGAUACUUGACUAAAAACUGCGUCGUUUGUAGA